AUGGGGACGGAAGUGCUCCUGACAAUCGUCUGCUUCUGCCUGAGCUGGGUGCUCGCUCUCGGCUCGGCGGCCGGUGAGUCCCCGGCGCGGGAGGGGUUGGGGGUGCCGGAAGCUGAGAACAAUUUUGUGGGCAUCGAGAGCAAGUUUUCCUUACGGACGCCUGCAGAGCCCAGUGAGGAUGUCUGCUACCUGAUUCCUGGGCAAGUGAACAGCCUGGCACAGUGCAACUUCAACCAUACCAGUAAAACCUUUGUCGUGAUCCAUGGGUGGACGGUGACAGGAAUGUAUGAAAGUUGGGUCCCAAAGCUGGUGGAUGCUCUGUACAAGAGAGAACCUGAUUCAAACGUCAUUGUGGUGGACUGGCUAGUCCGAGCUCAGCAGCACUACCCAGUGUCAGCUGCAUACACUAAGCUGGUGGGAAAGGACGUUGCCACGUUUAUUGACUGGAUGGAGGAGGAAUUCAAUUAUCCUCUCAACAAUGUCCACUUGCUGGGGUACAGUCUAGGUGCUCAUGCUGCUGGGAUUGCUGGGAGCCUGACCAAGAAGAAGGUGAACAGAAUUACUGGGCUGGAUCCAGCUGGUCCUACCUUUGAGUAUGCUGAUGCUGUCACACGCCUCUCCCCGGAUGAUGCUGACUUUGUGGAUGUCCUACACACCUACACUCGAGGCUCUCCAGACCGGAGCAUUGGAAUCCAGAAGCCUGUUGGACACAUUGAUAUUUAUCCUAAUGGUGGAGGUUUCCAGCCAGGUUGCAACUUCGGAGAAGCACUCCGUCUGAUUGCUGAAAAAGGCUUGGCAGAUAUGGAUCAGCUGGUGAAAUGCUCCCAUGAACGAUCCAUCCACCUCUUCAUUGACUCCCUCCUCUAUGAAGAAAAGCCCAGCAUGGCCUAUCGCUGCAACACAAAGGAGGCCUUUGAGAAGGGUCUGUGCCUGAGCUGCCGGAAGAACCGCUGCAACAAUUUGGGUUAUAAGGUUAACAGAGUGAGAACAAAGAGAAAUACUAAAAUGUACUUGAAGACCCGUGCUCAGAUGCCCUAUAAAGUCUUUCAUUACCAGGUCAAGAUCCAUUUCUUUGGAAAGACUAAUAUGACCAAGACAAACCAGCCGUUCCUGAUCUCUCUCUAUGGCACUCUAGAUGAGAGUGAGAACAUUGCUUUCACACUGCCUGAAGUCUCCUCAAACAAGACAUCCUCCUUCCUGAUUUACACAGAAGUGGACAUUGGUGACCUGCUUAUGCUGAAGCUGCAGUGGGAGAAAGAUACCUUCUUCAGCUGGUCAAACUGGUGGUCCUCUUUUACAUUUGACAUCCAAAGAGUCAGAGUGAAGUCAGGAGAAACUCAGAAAAAGGUGGUGUUUUGCUCUCGAGAUGGCACCUCACAACUCGGUAUGGGAGGACAGGCAGCAAUUUUUGUGAAAUGCUUGGAGCAGCCCGUCAAACGGAAGAGAGGAGGUGCCAAGCAGGCAUCUAAAGAAAAUUCUGCUCAUGAAUCUGAUUAAGUGACAAGAGUGAAGAUUUUCCACACUGGGGAGGAGGAGAGUCUGUUCAUCCUUGUGGACUGGAUGUUCAGAACCAAAUAUAUAGAAAUAUUUAUCCGCUGCUGGCUUUUUGCCUGCUAUUCCUAGCUAUCUUAGGAGACUUCUUGUAAGGAAGUCUCAGCAUACAAAGUUACUAACCAUAAAGAUACAUUAUCCAGCUAGUUAAAAUGAAAUCUGCAAAGCAACUUGCCAAAGGCUUUAGUUCGGGGAAGGAAUAAUUUUGCUUAAUCAUGGUGCCUUGUGACAAGGUUUCUUGACAUCAAAUCCUCUAUAGCAAUUUUCUAGUAUUUAUUGGAAAGAAAUGAAACCCUGUAUCUGGCUUUUCUUUCUUUUCAGGAGUCUUCUGAAACUGGACAUUUUUUUCUUUCUGGUUUGGCCAACUGAAUUUUCAGACAGUUCAGUGGCUACAGUUCAUUGUCUUCAAGUGUGUGUUUAGCAAAUGAGUAGGUUUUUCAUGUGAAAAAACACCUUUGUAUGUGUUACUAAAAGGAGUCAGGAACUGACUUAAUAUGGGGAUGAAUUUUCUAGUCUGUAGUUGUGAAUGUGUUUUACUGGGGGUAGAUGCCAGUGCUGCUUAGCAAUAGGUAUGGUUUGUUAAGCUAUAUACUUCUGUGCGGCUUACCCUGAAAUAAAUAGCAGUUGUAGGAGAAGACAGCAAUACCAGUGUCCUAUGCAGAUAUUCAAAUUCUCAUCUGUUCUUUCAUUCCUUAAAAAAAGAAACCAUCUAUCCUCCAAUACUGUACGAAUAAAGAACUGCAAAGGAAUUGAGCUACCAGAAACUGCAGGAAACACUUCACCACCACCACCACUUGCUUGCAUCUUGUAUGCCUAAACUGUCAGUUUCUCUGCUCUUUGACUGCAAAUGUCAGUCAUGCAGCUGAGUGGCUGCUGUGUGCAGGUCAAGUGAAUCCAGUUGACAGGUGACAAGCAUGCUCAUGCUUCCCUGCAGUGGAGUCGUGACUGCCAUUGACCCACCUUGCUUUGUCACUUGGCUGUGACACAGCACUAAAUCCUAGGAGCUAUUUGGUUUUCUGAUGUGAGGUGAAAUUCAUCAAGGAGCAGGAGCUGUGACAGUUAAAAGGAGCCUGAUGGUGUGAUGCACAAGAAUGAAUGUUCUGAAAAACACUUGAAUUAGACAUGCUGCAAGUUGCCAAAAAUAGAUAUAUUGAAGGCAUUCUGCUUCCCCCUUUUAAGUAACACAUAACUUUUCUAGUGCUCUGAGAGGUUCAGUAGCCCUCUUUUAGCUUUCUGGAAGAUAAACAAAAUACUGGGGAGGCAGAAGGGUUUGAAGGUAGACACUUAUAGAAGAGUAAUGUGAGCUAUUAGUGCUGGUUUUUGUAGUCUGUUCCUGCAUAUGCAAGACACUGUGAAGGUGGCAAUUUCUCUAAUAUCAUCCCAUCUUGAAAUCAAAACAAACGUGUAUGCAUUUAUGUGCAGUUUGGUUUUUUUUUUUUUUCCUCCAGCUCUGGCUGCUAAUACAUUUGGGGAUAAAAGUCUUGAGCAGUGCAAUAUGUUGGAAUAUUAAUAACUUUGAAAUUGCUCACAUUGGAUUUUCUAACCCUUAAACUACAGCAGGGAUGUGAUGAGUCAGUAAGAGUGGGGUUGAGUAUUAGCCACUGCAUUUGAGACCUCUAAAAAUAAAUAUAAUGAUAUAUUCCCUAUAGACUUCACAUUUUGUUGCAAUUUUCUCUUAAGGGUUAAGUUUUAUGGAAAUAGAGUGUCUGAACUGGUGUGCUCUUAAACAAACAAAAGCCAACAAAAACACAUAUAGAACUUGGAUACAAAACAGUGAAGGUUCUUGUACAUGAGGAGACAUGAUUUAGCUUUGGAUGUUAUUUAUUAGCUGUAAAUAAGAUAUUUAUGUGUGUAAAGGUAGUUUGUAUAUAUUGCUGAAGUUGCUGACAAGUCUUGACAUUAUUACAGUUGUGUGGUAUUAAUCAUGUAUAUAGCUUUCAGAGAUUUUUAUCAGCAAGCCACUUAUGCUGCAUGGUUUCCUACGUGGUUGAUAUACUUUAGAAAAAACAAAAAGAAAAAAGAAAGCUCCUCAGUUUUCUAUGGAAUGGAAACCUAUGGAUUUAAUAAAAUUCUGAAACUGA